AUGGCAUCCAAGCAUAAGGAACGCAAGAGAACUCCGGUCUCUCACAAAGUGAUAGAGAAACGACGAAGGGAUCGAAUCAACCGGUGUCUGAAUGAGCUGGGCAAAACGGUACCAAUGGCUCUUGCAAAACAGAAUUCUGGAAAGCUGGAGAAGGCGGAGAUUCUGGAGAUGACUGUUCAGUAUCUGCGCGCACUCCACUCAGCGGACUUCCCGCGAGGCAGAGAAAAGGGAGAACUGCUGGCAGAAUUUGCGAAUUAUUUUCACUAUGGCUACCACGAAUGUAUGAAGAACCUGGUGCACUAUCUUACCACAGUGGAAAGGAUGGAAACAAAGGAUACCAAAUACGCGAGGAUCCUCGCAUUUUUACAGUCCAAAUCCCGUGUCGUCACCGAGCCCGUGUUUGGUUCAAUAAGUGGUUUACCAGACCCCACAGACUACUUGUGCCAGUUGCACUCCGCUUCGGAAUACCAAAGCCACAGCCCAACCGACUCCGUCUUCCAGCAGAGUCCGCCGGCACACUACUCCUGGCACAGCUCUGCGCGCAGCCCCACCAUCGCUUACCCACAGGUUCCCCUCUCCGCGCAAACGCAGCAACACGCCAGUUACUUGUCGCCUGUGCAAGGACUAGACCAUCACUAUAUUAACUUCAUCGGCCACUCGCAUGCCAACGCGUUCAGCCUACACACCGCACAACACGCUGCCCUGUGA